AACACGACCAUCUCUAUUAAAAUAAUGCGCACAUGUUUUUGUUUUUAUUUUGCGUAGACGGUUUAUUGAAAUAGCUCAAUUUUAAACAAAUCAAUUAUCAAUUGAACAACUUGAUGCUAUUUGCGAAAUGAAGGUGAAAAUGAUAAGUCGCAACCCGGACAACUAUGUCCGGGAAACCAAGCUGCAGCAGCACAAACUGCCACGGAACUACGAUCCGGCGCUGCAUCCGCUGGAGGGUCCCAGGGAAUAUGUGCGUGCCCUGAACGCCACCAAACUGGAUCGUGUGUUCGCCAAGCCAUUUGUGUGCAAUUUGAGUGGGCAUCGCGAUGGCGUCUCCUGCUUUGGCAAGCAUCCCAAAUUGUUGUCGACGCUGGCCACUGGCGCCUACGAUGGCGAGGUGCGCAUCUGGGAUUUGGCUAAUCGCACGAGCAUACGCAAUUUUGUGGCUCACGAUGGCUUCGUGCGUGGCAUUGCAUACGCUGGGAAUGGCGAUCGUUUGUUGACCGUCGGCGAUGAUAAAACGAUCAAAAUGUGGAGUUCUCAGGCGCCUGAGCCGGGCGAGGAAGAGGAGCCAAUUAACACGAUAUUGAGUCGUCACAUCUUGCACGGCAUUUCGCACAAUCGCAGGGAGAAUAGCUUUGCCACGUGUGGCGAAGUUUGUGCCAUUUGGGAUGAUCAGCAUAAUGAUCCCAUCAAGACGCUCAAAUGGGGCGUGGACACGCUGCACACGAUCUCCUACAAUCCCGUGGAGACAACUGUACUCGCCUGCUGUGCCAGUGAUCGCAGCAUUAUUCUGUAUGAUCAGCGAGAGGCGCAACCGUUGCGCAAAGUUGUGCUGACCAUGAAGAGCAACAAGCUCGCCUGGAAUCCCAUGGAGGCGUUCAACUUUACCGUUGCCAACGAGGAUUGCAAUCUCUACACAUUUGACACACGCCAGCUGCAAACGCCUCUAAAGAUUCACUUUGAUCACGUUUCGGCAGUGACAGAUGUGGAUUAUGCUCCCACAGGGCAGGAGUUUGUCUCCUCCAGCUACGAUAAGACGGUGCGCAUCUAUCAUGCCCAUCAGAGUCACUCCCGCGACAUAUAUCACACGAAGCGCAUGCAGCAUGUUGUCUGCGUUGCCUGGUCGCUGGACAAUCGGUAUAUCUUCUCGGGCUCGGAUGAGAUGAAUGUGCGCAUGUGGAAGGCGAAUGCCUCGGAGAAGUUGGGCAUUAUACGACCUCGUGAACGUGCCAAUUUCAACUAUCAGGAGGCGCUCAAGGAGAAGUAUGCAGCGCAUCCGCAAAUCAAGAGGAUUGCGCGUCAUCGCCAAGUGCCGCGACAUGUGCUCAAUGCGCAGCGCAAGAUGCGUGCUGUCAAGGACAAGGAGCUGCUGAAGGAGGCCAAUGUGCGCCGGCACUCGAAGAAGGGCAAGGUGCCCUAUGUCAGUGAGAAGCAGAAACAUGUCCUGCGACAGGAUGUCUAGAAAUAAGUGUCUUUCUACUAGUGUCUUAAUCAAAUGCAAAAUAUAAAAUUCAAAUUUAA